UACGAAAUGGCGUCGAGUGAAGGUUAACUUCAACACUAGUUGGAACGCGACUCUCUUGUGGAUCGGCCUGCUGAUAGACGCUACUUUUUCAUUCAUCCCUGGACAUCUGACCACUACCACAACAUUCCCUCAAAAGAUGGCACAGCUUUGGAACUUGGUGGAAUUCCAGGACCAGAGUGCAGCAGUUGUGCCGCUCAGCUGGGUGGUAGAGGUGGACGGAGAAGUGGGAUGCUACUGGCCACCCUAUAGUGGCCAAAAAGCUGAGAAGGCCGCCAUGAACUCCAUCCCCCCGGGACAAGGAUGGCAAUUCCACCCAAAAAUCAGGGCGCUGACAACCUGUGCCACCUUUGCCAAAGCCAGGUCUUGCCUCAACCGAUCGCUGGAGGAAGGCUGCCUUACAGCAGACCUGCAGUCUGAUGGUGAGAUGGGGCCCAGGAAAAGACGUCCAAACAAAAGGUAUUUUGAGGAGGACAGCAAGGAGGAGGCACAACCAAGGCGUAAGGGGAGGAGGUCACCAUCUAUUGACGCCACUCAGCUGGACAGCGAGUGGCAAUUCCCCUCCCUUAAUGAAGACACCCAGUCAGCCAGUAGACACCCAGCCAGCCAGUUCCUUCACAGCCAGCCAUUAACUCAUGAUUCACUGCCGUCAGAAACCCCGCCAGGCCUUGUACUUAACAGCCAGCCACUAACCCAUGCUUCACCUCUGCCGUUGCGACAGGUGAACAAUCAGUUGCUGCGUGAUUUACCGUUGUCAGAAACCCCGCCAGGCCCCCUACAUCACAGUCAGCCACUAACCCAUGAUUCACCCCAGCCACGUCACCGCUUCCAUGCCACACCUCUGCCAUCCCAACAGGGGAACAAUGAGUUGCUGCGUGACAUGGGCAUCAGCACCGUGAUCUCUCUCCUUGGCCAGCUGAGGGAGGAAAUCAGGGAGCUGAAGGGGGAAAACAGGGAGAUGAAGGGGAUGAUAGGAAGGCUGGAGCAAGAGGUCAGGGCCCAAAGGAGAGAGAUGGGGAGACAAGACACACCCCAGACAUCACCCCUUACCAAGCUCCCACUCUCCACCAUGGAGGAGUUUUUGGCAGCAGAGGCCCUGGUCAAGGAAGAUGCCAAACAAAAGCAGCUGAUGGUGUCUACCUUAGCCCUUUGUGGCGGAACUGAUGUAGGGGUCACGGUGAGGCGGAUGCUGCGUAGCCUCCUGGACAACAGCUUGGCCAGCCAGUUCAACUGGGCUGGAAAGGGGGAAAAAACUGCCUUUAAGGACACCAAAAUGCAUGAUGUCCUGUUUGAUGCUCUACAAAAGCAGCUGCCAGGGAGCACGCGCACCAAUUUCAGUGACGCCGUGAAGAAGUGGCUGAAAUAUGCGCCAGAGAGAGAGAGGGAGGAAUGA